CAACAGCUGGAGAUGGUUCUUCGUCUUCGUCUUGCACCCCCAAGUAAAUCAUGGCCAACAGCAUGGAUAUCACGCGCAGACGCUACUGAAUUCUUGCUGCCCCUACUCUCCCAUUACGGGUGGUACCUCAGUCCAAUAACCACCAAGACUACUGGUCAUGCAGCCGGGCUCGCUCGCCAAUUCAAAUUCAACAAAAGCAACCACGCAACAGCUUUUGUCAAUGAUGUGCUGGAGCUGACAAAAACUGAAAAACACCAUCCACAAUUUCUCCACGUGACCAACUGGCCCCAGAGCUCAAAUGUGGUUAUUUGCACAACAACACAUUCUGCAUUAAUGCCUGCCACUGAUACCUUGAAAGAGUGCGUUUCCCCAGGAAUCACACUCCGGGAUGCUCGUUUCGCACUUCUUGUCUCCUCUCUUUCAUCAGCGAAUAUCGAGGCUUCUGAAGGUCCUCCCAUGCGAUGGGAUGUGUUCCAAGACACAAUAUAUCGCUGGGCAUCUUCUGUCUCUGACGAAAUUGGCGAUACUUCUUCUGGGAAGCGGAAAUGUCCGGCUUGUCAUGGUCCACACUCGCUAAUUCGUUGCACGGGACGCCAGAAAAUCCCCCCACCUCCAUGUCCCAGUUGUGGGGGACCCCAUUGGGGCGUUGACUGCUCGCUCCGAAGGCUAGCGAGGCUCCACCACAAGUCAGUAACUCAAGUCAAAACCCAAAUUCGGAGAGCUCCUCUCGUCGAGAAUAUUACUACAGCACCCACUACUUCGUGUCCUAACUGCGGUGGAGAUCAUUGGAAGAUUGAUUGCACCCAACCACACGCCCCUGCAAAGCUUUUGAACAGUUUUCGCUUUGAUUUACCUCCACCAACGAAGUUAUCAUAG